AUGAACCCAGCCCGACUAUUUCAAGUCCCUGAGACGACCAAACCCAAACCUCCGUUCGACAUAGACAACUACCUCAACCCCUUCAUCCCCCAGAACCCCUUACGCUUCUUCCCGUCAUGGAUCUCGUACUGGUUCGGCUACCGGGCGCCACGCAGCUCGGCACAGAAACCAUCCCCAGUGCACCGCUCAUCGUUCCUCCACACACUAUCGCUGUACCUCUCUGUCAUGGUCGGGGCGUUCUGCGGCGUCGCCAUCAUCGAGAACGUCUUCCUCGCCCUGCCUCGACUCUCGGGCCACAGCGCACCCAUCGUCAUCGCCUCCUUCGGCGCCGCGGCCAUCCUCGAGUACAACACGAUCGAAUCGCCACUGGCCCAGCCUCGCAAUCUGGUCGUCGGCCACUUCCUCUCGGCCGUGGUGGCCGUCGGGAUCACCAAACUCUUUGAGCACCUGCCACCGGACCGGUUCGAGGACCUACGGUGGCUCGCGGGAGCGUUGGCCGUCGGCGUGGCGAGCAUGGUCAUGAGUUUCACAAAGACGGUCCAUCCACCUGCGGGAGCGACGGCGCUGCUGGCCGCGACCAACGUCGAAAUCCAGGUUUUGGGCUGGUGGCUCGUCCCGUUGGUCCUCCUUGCGGCGAUGCUCAUGCUCGCUAGCGCGCUGGUGCUGAACAACAUCUCCGGCCGCCGGUUUCCCGUGUAUUGGUGGACGCCUGUGGAUUUGAAAGCGCUCAGAGAAGAGAGGAAGCAGGAGAAGAAGAAGACCUUGCCGCCGGACGUGGAGAAGGGAAUUUCUAGUCGUGAUGGUGGUGGUGGUGGUGAUGAUGAUGAUGAUGGGAGGAGGACUCGAAAGGAGAGUGAGGCCAUCAGCGAUACCGACACCGAGGCUGAAUCGAACGAAGACCUGAGGAAGAUCGAGACCGGCGCUACGGUGGUUUCGGACUCCGUGUCGAUCUCACGGGGAAGCAGAGUACCGCAUCCGAUGACCAGAAGCAGCAGCAGUCCUCAUGCAACGAAAAAAGACGGCCGAGAUAAGGACGAAGACAACAAAAUCAUCAUUGCGCCCCGAACCAUCGUCGUGCCAGACUGGUUGGAGUUGAACGAUUGGGAAGAUGAAGUUUUGAGGAUACUAAUGGACAGGUUACGGACUGGAGUGAGUGAGUGA